AUGUCUCUUGCCAAUGCAGAGUUAGGUAGUGUACUGGACGGCGGCAUUCGCUGGUACUCCCGCAACACGACACAAACCAUGUGCCGUAACAACACGGACCAAGGCGGCCUCCCGAUAUGGCAUCUUGCCCUGGCCGCCGACUGCAAGGCUCUCCGCGACGAGUACUACACCACGAACGGCUACUUCCAGAUCACCGACUGGGACGACCUGGACUGGUUCAGUCUGCGAGAGAACGGCACUUGCAGCUUCUCGGUCAAGCGAGCGGAUGACCAGACGGGCCCAGAUGUCUGGAUCGGAAACGAAGACAUCGCGACGUACAUCAACGAGGCGCUCGAUAAGGCUGUUGGUGGUGCUGUGGCUCAGGGAGGCGGCUUUCGAUGCAGGAGCGUGACCGAGCCGGUGUACGAGAUGCUUAAAUGGAGGGUCUGGAGAAUCUUCCCGGCAGCUGCGGAGGGUGUAGGACCGGGCGAGCUCUAG